GAGGAGGCUGGAGACUUCCUGUAUUCUGGGAAUGGGCAGGGUCGCUCGUCCGAACAGAGUCCUAUCCUACGCGGCGGAAGCGUGUGCCCUUUGACUUGCAUCGUCUAGCUACCUCUGCCAUCCUCUACCAGCCGCAGCUCCGAGGGCUGGAGCCAACUUCAGGACUGAUUGAUCAUGACUUCUAUAAAGGAACAGGCAGCAAUUAGCAGGCUCUUAAGUUUUUUACAGGAGUGGGACAAUGCUGGGAAAGUCGCAAGGAGUCACAUCCUUGACAAAUUUAUUGAAACCAACCAAGGCAAGACUGCCCCUGAACUGGAGCAGGAGUUUUCCCAGGGAGCCAGUUUGUUCCUGGUACGCUUGACCACCUCGCUUAGAAUCACCUAUGUCACUGACUCAUGUUUAGAAAAGCUUCUCAGGUCCAUUGGCAUCUUCUUAUCAGCUGUAAGCAGUAAUCGGUACCUUAUAGAAUUUCUUGAGGUUGGAGGUGUCCUGACACUCUUGGAAAUACUUGGGCUGGAGAAGAUCAAGGAGGAGGCCAAGAAGGAAUCCGUCAAACUACUUCAGAUUAUUGCAAACUCUGGCAGGACGUACAAGGAGCUCAUUUGUGAAAGCUAUGGUGUACGAUCCAUAGCAGAAUUUUUGGCAAAGUCUAAGUCAGAAGAGACCCAGGAGGAAGUGCAGGUUCUGUUGGAUUCUUUGGUCCACGGCAAUCCCAAGUACCAAAAUCAAGUGUAUAAAGGUCUAAUAGCUUUGCUGCCCUGCGAGUCCCCCAAAGCCCAGCAGCUGUCCCUGCAGACUCUCAGGACUGCCCAGCACCUCUGCCCUUCCCCAGCCAUCGAGUUGAUCAAGGACCUGGUGGGUUACGAUGUGCGCCAGGCGCUGCUCAAGGGCCUCGUGACGCUGCUGAUACCGUCGGUCAAGGAGACCUCCAAAUUGCAGGCCAAGAUCCUCAGUGACCCCUCAGUUCUCCAGCUCGCCCCCAGCCUGCCGAUGUUUUUGCAGCAGGCCGCGGCCGCCAAGGCCAUCGGGGUCCUGGCACGCAACGACAUGAGCAUCGCCGAGGAACUGCUGUACCUGCACGUGGUGCACGGCCUAAUGGCCGCCAUGGGCAACAUGGACCACAGCAACAGCCAGCGGCUGGCCAGCCUCACGCUGGAGUGCUUCGUGCAGAUGUUCCCUUUGGUGGCGGAGCACGUGCGCAAGGGCAUGGGAGAGGAACUCUACCAGCUCUUCCUGAGCAACGCUGAGGACUUGUACAUGAAAUUAGACAACAUUCAGGCGGACAUCUUGGCGGCCAACAAAGUCAAUGUUACCAAAGCCCUGCGCCUCCACGGCAGCUCCUACAGCACGAACAUUCUCUAUGGCUCGCAUGAUUCGGCUCAGAUGGCCUACCUCACACGCUUCGAGAAGGAGGAUGUGGAAUCAAAGGAGUAACAGCCCCUGUGGCAAACCAGGAAGGCCAAGGCUGCGGGGCAGGGAAGCCUGGCAAGAGGAAGGCGUCUGGGGUCAAGCUCAGAGCCACUCCACUUGGCUCCAGGCAAGGGAGACGGGGAUUAGGCACCCCAGAAUGGCAGAGGGAGAACCGCUGGCUGUGAAGAGUCAAUAAACAGCCUUGAUACCUG